AUGAUGAAUUUAACAGAUAAUACAACUUCAAGAGUGACAAGUCUUUUUGAUUAUAAAUUACAAUUAGUUGAACAAAUUAUUUUAGGAAGUAUAUUUAUUGUUGCAUUAAUUUUUAAUACACUUGUAUUGAUGAUUAUGUUAAUUAAACGACAUCGACGUAUGACAAGGAUGGCUUUUUUUAUUUUAAAUCUUACAAUAGCUGAUUUAUUAGUCGCAUUUUUUAGUGUUUUACCUAUGCUUAUAUGGAAAUCAACAAUAACAUUUUUCGGUGGAGAUUUUCUAUGUCGCAUUGUUGCUUUUCUUAUGUUAGCUGUAACAUAUAUCUCAGUUUACACUCUUGUUGUAAUGGCCAAUGAUCGUUAUCAAGCUAUAGUUCAUCCACUUUCAACUUAUACAUGGACACCUCGUACAGGUCUUAUGCAUAUGGCAGGUGUAUGGUGUUUAAGUCUUUUAUUAGCAUCUCCACAAUUAUUUAUUUUUCGUUUGGCUCAGCAUCCAGCAUAUGGAAAGAAAACAUGUAUGGCGAAUUUUUUAGGACCUAAUCGUGCAUGGGAAUUAAUUUAUAUAACAUGGACAAUAAUUCUACAAUUUAUUUUACCAAUAUGUAUAUUAAUAUUUUGCUAUACAUCUGUAUAUAUAAUAGUUAAUAGAAAUUUUUCAAUGUAUCGAACAUCAGAUAAUUCAAAAAGAAAAAAUAUUCCAAAUUCACUAUCGAAUAGAACAGGAAAACUUUUUGACGGUGUUUCAACAUCAACAACAAUAAUUGACACAAAAACAAAAAACCUUUUAAAUAAUCAUAAACAUUUUGAUCAUCCAUCAGUUAAAUGUGCAAAUGUAACAAAUGAAACACUUUCAAAUGAAUCUUCAUUACAUAAUGUGCAUGAUCUGAUGUAUCCAGUUGUAUUUCGUCUUCGACGUUCACAUAUUGAUUUAACAAAAGCUCAAAUGAUAACUACCAUCGAUGGGCAACAAUUGCAGCAACGUUGUGGUGCUAAUCAUUUUUUAUCACGAGCUCGUCUUAAAACAAUUAAAUUAACAUUUAUUGUUGUUCUUACUUAUAUUCUUUGUUCAACACCAUUUUAUAUUGGAUCAAUUAUAAUGGCAUUACAUGAAAAAUUUAUUUCACAAAAAACAAUGAAUUGGCUGAUGACUAUAUUUAGUCUUUUAUUUAAUUUAAAUAGUUGCUCAAAUCCAAUAAUAUGGCUUACACUUAGUGGUUCUCUACUUCGGUGA